CGAUACCGGCUAUGGAGUGGUAACGGGCCAGCUUCGCUCAGUUAAAGAAUUGAAUCAGUUACCGCCAAAACAUCUGCGCCUCUUUAUUAAACCGUCUAUGAACUCUUCGGACGUGGCGGACGAAACGAUAUAAGCCUCGGCCUGCAAUGCUGUUGAAUAGUGGCAAAAAUUUCGUUCACCGUACUAGCUCGGUGACUAACGUUAUCUAGUGCUAGCAAGUAUAUAAUAAUAAAAGGUUCGAGCAACAGCAAAUGGAUUUGCUUUGUGAAGGUUUCAGUAUAUGUCGCUAGGACUUUCAGAAAACCAUUAGCGGCAUAUAAAAAACAAUAUGAAAAAGGACUGCAACAGCCACGUAAUUAAGGACGUGCCAAUGCAGCGUCGGAAUCUGCUUCGAAAACUUCUAGCGUAAUAGCUAGGUAAACCGGAACAGCGUUUGUGUUAUCAAAUGGUUGAAGACCCUGAAACUUCCAAAUUUCCACGGCAGAACAUAAUGUAGUACUGAACGAAGUGCGGCACGUAAGCAUGACGACGGAGAUAAGAGAAAUUGAACAUAUCAGUUCUCACAUCGCACACGGGUCAAGAUUUGGCGGGACUAGGGCCAUUGGGCCAGAAGCCAAUAGUUCAACGGUAGGCUCAGCUGUUCCAUCAGGUCGCAGGCUGAAGUUUCAUCUAUUUCAAAGGGACCGAGGCCAGGGAGCUUCGAGCUCCAGUCGAGCCACGUCGUCGAGGGGUUCAUCUGCUCCGGCGUUAGGCAGUUCACCUCUGAUAAACGAAGAUGAGCUUCUCAGGGUAUUUCCAGAUCGGAAGCUGCGAAUCUUUAUCGCGUCAUGGAACCAGAAUAGCACGAUGGGACCGAAAAAUCUCAGUGAGCUUCUGCUCACGACAACAGAAGAAAAUGCUGACAUGUAUGUCAUCGGCGUACAGGAAGGCGUUGCUGACAAGCGUGAGUGGGAAGUUCGGUUACAGCAAGCUUUACUCCCGUCGCACGUUCUGUUUCACGCAUGUCAUCUUGGCGUACUGCACCUUAGCGUGUUUGUUCAACGCGAUCUCAUCUGGUACUGUGGCGCGCCCCGCGACGUCCUGCAGCCGACCCGAGCCGGUACCGCUCUCAAAACAAAGGGCGCGGUCUGCUCCUCCUUCAGCUUUUUCGGCACGUCUAUGUUGUUCAUCAAUUCACAUCUUACAGCGCACGAGAACAAACAACAUAAUCGAAUUGCCGAUUACGAGAAGAUCAUUCGGGCCCUCUUCCGCCAGGCGGUGCCACCAUCCAAGGUGGCACCCGUUGCCCCAUCUAGAUACGACGCUAUCUUUUGGUUUGGGGACCUUAACUUUCGACUCGACACCAGUUCUGAAACUGUUCUAAGAUUUCUGGCAGAGCGAGACUUUAAAUCAUUGCUCAGAUUCGAUCAACUCAAUAAGGUGAUUGCCGACGGAGAUGCCUUCAGUGGAUUUCAUGAAGGAGAGAUUAGCUUUGCGCCCACAUUCAAAUAUGAGAUCAACUCUAAUAUGUACGACAGGAACACCGUUAGAGUGCCUUCAUAUACGGACCGGAUUCUAUAUAUGAACCGCGAGGGCCAAGCUCUAACAGUACGUCUGUACGAUUGCGUUGAAUGUUUUUCAUCAUCGGACCACAAACCGGUUGUAGCUAUAUUCGAGGUCGGAUUGAGAGCCUCUAAUGACUCGAGCAAGCUCGCCGCAGGGGCCUUUCGGCGAGAAGUAUUCGUUGAAGCACUGAAGCGUUCAACACUUCGACGGAGAAUCAGUUUUGAUGUCAGUAAGUCGAGCGCCGUCUGCUGUCUUCAGUGAACUAUGCUAGAAAGUGGGUUUACCUACGGUGGAGGGACGUCUUACCGCUUUCCAGCUGCGAAUAUUGGCAGAACUGCGUUGGGCAUCAUUGACUAGUUCGUGGCCAACAGAGAGCCAUGGCAAUGAUAAACGGUUCCAAUAACAGCAACAAACCGAAACGCGCACCCGGUUCUCACCAUGAUCGAUUUUUUUCAGUGGACUCCAUCUUUACGCCCACUAAAGUCACCCACUUUAGAGAUUUUGACACUUCGCAAAUGUCCCUAAGUUACCCAUCGAAUGCCUACAGGAAAUAAAGAACAAUAGCUUCUGAUCUGCGUGUAGCAUGUCUUGCUAGUCGAUAUCUGCACGAGUCAUGAACAAUAUCGUUAGCGUUAGGACUCGUGGCCUGAAACGUAUAGUAAAAAUACGAAAAAAAAACUAAGUAUAUACGCGACGCCUCUGAACAACAAGGUAAAUUUGCGUCUAAAGGGUCAAGUGUUUUAUUUAGAUAGUUUCAAAAAUGUUCAGUUGAGCUGCCCCGUUGAGAUCAGUUAAAGGAGGUUCGAUGGGGCAGCACUUUUCUUUCUUGCGUACUUUUCGAAAUAGUACCAAGUAGUGUUUAGAUGGUACAUUAGCUAGCAGCCAAUAUUCAGUUUAGCGGUAAGCAUCGAAAGAGACCUUAGAAUUAUUUCACUGUUAUACAUCGCGCUCAAUUUUCUUCGUCAAACACCAUACACAAAUCAUAAGCUAUUGCUAACUAUUACGUUUUCGUAUAUAAAGUAUGUUAUUUUUAGAUAGGUGGAUAAGUUUGCCGUAAAUGAAACUACAACCCACUAUAGCAUCGUUUGCUUUAGUACAAAGCCAAUAAGCCUGCGCAAGUUAGCCGGAAAUGAAACGUAUGCAUGUAGGAGUGAGUUCGGUUUUUAUAGCUAAGUUCUUGUAACUGUAUCCUUUUGCGAAAUCGUUUUGCGAUACUUUUACAAUGGAGUUCUCAACAGGAUAACUGGAUACGAGCUCGUCAUUGCAUCUCAGAAGUAACUGAUCAUCUAAUGACAGAACGCUGUUAACAUGAUCGGACCUACGUAUAUUCAACAAAUGGGCGAUGUAUCAAUAGAGAGAUUAACAUUUCUUUGCCAAUUGGAAAAGGAUAUCAAUAUGAGCCUUACGGUUAUCCAACAGUGUGGCGGAAAGGCCCGUGACGAUUCUAAACGAAAAUUCUAAAAUGUAAAGCAAGCCAGAAAAAAGUUUGUCCGGACAUUUUGUCUAGGGUGUGCAACAACAAAUGUUUGCCCCGGAUUCGGUUUUUUCACUUGUAAAUUCAAAACGUGCUCGAAGGGUACGAGCAAAAGAAAAACAGCAACUUACCUACUACCCCAUAUAUUCUACUCCUUAUUUUCACGGCCACCGCCUCAGCAAUGGACGUAUGCCUUUACAGAAAACAUCACUGGUCUUCAAAGAUCAUUUCGACGACGGCCAUACUAAAAACACAGUAUAAAUAAACGCGAAUCGUCGAGGUCUCCUGCUGAUCUGCACGAUCCUAUCACGGGUUUUAUUAUGCUAAAUCUGUGAAGAUUGUAUAUAGUUCUCUCGACGCGAAUGAUCUUAAUUCUAUCCAAAUAUUAGUCAUUGCAAAGAACGCUGUGGAAGAUAGACUAAUUCCAAUGUGAAGGUUCAGUCGGUUGUGCAGUGGUCCGUGGGACGGUUCGAUCAAAUAGAGGCAUCACAGAUGAAGUCACAAAAGGGGUAAACUUACCUAAAUGCGCUGGUACAUUAUAACGCCUACCUUUAGAAGCGCCUACAUGUAUGUAGAUAUUUACACCCGUAUUGAGCUGUGUUUGUCUAUAAAUGUUUGUAGUGCCUUCAAUAGCAAACAUGCUGCAUAGUUAUGUAGUAUCUAUAACUUAGAUCAGUGCAACGCUAUAGGGUGCAAAAACAAAUGUAAUGUUCGACGUUCUGAUAUACGCUAUGCAUAAUAACAACAACACCGUGACGCUGUGUGUACUAGUUCUAAAUAGACUAAAUGGUACUAAC